UUGCAAUUGCACCGAACGUACGACAACGAGCGAAAUAGAAGCAUAAAAAUAUCAUAAACAAUUCACUUGUUAAACUAACAGAACUGCACAGCAGUUAAUCGCAUUUCCAACGCAUGGCAAGUUGAAAGUGUGACGGAAAAUGGAAAACGUGGAGAACGUAUUGGCGCACACCAAAGAAAUGCUGCCGAAGUGCGCCGAGAUGGUGGAGGCGCCUGCCGUCGUCGUCAACGCUGCAAGUGCAACCGCAACGGCCUGCAUGAAUUGCUGCAACGACGACGACCAUAGCAGCAGCAGCCAAAGUCCGAGUGGGGAGCUGGACGCCGAUGCAGAUGCACCGUGUUGCCAUGUGAGCAUGAAAAUGUCCAUAGACGGUACAAUGCCGCGCAUUUGUAGCGAAGCACUUCAUUUAAAAUGUGAUGCACUUGCGGCCGUGCAAGAAUCGGCAGCCAACGUGGCCGUCAAGCAGACGCAAUCGACAGCGCCUCAGCUUGUUAAGUCAACAGCAGCGCCAAUGCGCAGCGUAACGCCGCCAUGUCAGCUGCUGGAGGGGCUUAGUUUCACCGAGGGAAACAUUAUAAAUACGUUGCACACAAUUUUGGGGCUGCCACCAUUUGAUCCGUAUGCGCCAGCUCCCAAAUCAGACAUUGUGUACAAGGAUGUGGUCUCGUUAAUGCAGUGGAGUCUGCGCGAGGAUAAUGCCAUUGAGCUGGAGCUGAGUGAAAAGCUUUUGCACGAAUGCAAACAUACACGAAAAAGUGAUGAUCCCAACGAUGACACGCGCUCAUAUCUGAUGGCUAUUGAGAAUAUGAGACUUUUUUCGGAGGAUCCUAAAAAUUCCAAGCGUGAUGCCGAUGGACCAAUGCGUGCAAUUACGAAUCUUGCCUAUAUAUUUGUUAAGCAUCGUAAGGAGGAAUUUUUUACAUUUUGCUCCUGCAAGGAAUGUCUCGAAUAUCGUGAAACCAUCAUGGCCAUUAUGAUGGAUCAAUUUAAGGCUGCGCACAUGGUUGUUAUGCUGCUCGAUGUGCUGAUCAAGGCAUACAGUGCCAUGUUAAAAAACGAUGCUGCCUACAAUAAGUUCGAAAAGCUGCUUGAGUGCAACAAGGAAAUCUAUUGGAUUACAAGUGGUUUCCUUUAUGACAAAAAUGCCGAAUACCUUGACUUUAUAGAUGACACCGCGAUCUCCGAUAAUAUGAUAUUAGUGCUGUUCAGCGCCAUCCUGAUGGCAAACAAUCCCAUGCUGCUCUUACAAAUACUCGCCUAUAAUGUGGAGUGCAUUGUAAAAGCAUUCUGCGAGGGCAUGAUUGAAAUUGCUCAGAACGAGCAUGAGAAUGAAAAAGUUUCGGCGGAGAAAAUGCUGACAUAUCUUUUGGAUGGCUACUCUGACAUGAAUUGCAUCUCACAGAAAAUCUCACUCAGCUUGUUUGCGUUCGAAAACGAUUUUCUACGCAAAUUCAAGCUAUCUUGGGUGCUACUUUGCCAGCGCUUAUUUCAGCAGCAUGUAUUCAAUCCGCUGGGCGACACCAUGCUUGCCUGCAUACUCUCGCUAAAAGAAUCGGAUGGCUCUGCCCAAGCAGCGGCACUCAUUAAACGUUAUAUGCUUUUUGAUGAGCACAUGCACUCCAUUGAACGUCGCUGGACGGAUAUUUGGAUUGAGCUAAACAAGUUCAACUUGUCGCCCACAGAGCAUGAGCGUCGCAUGGGCCUGCUCGAUGUGUAUAACAUAUUCGAUAAGGUUGUUAUGGAUGCCACCGCGUUCUCACUGCCGGACAUAAGCGAUGAUGAGUUUAUUGAUUUUCAACGCAUUGUCGAUCGCCAGCUGGCCUGGAAGAACAUUAUGGCAUUCACUAAACUCAAGUGGCCCGAUGGCUUCUAUGAUCCACCCAACAAGUUGGUGUACGAGGAUUUAUGCAAAAAUUGUAAAUCACUGCUGGAACACCAUGACGAGAACUGCAAAUGCAUCACUUGCUCCAUAGCCGGUACACCAUUGUUGCCGCGACAAGCGGGCCAUUGUGCCAAGUGCACAACGCUCGGCAUUGUCGGGAAGGAUCCCAAGCUAAUGAAGUCCAAGAUACUGAGUACAUGCACCAGCGACGAUGCUAAGCAUAACGCAGCAGCCAGCACCAGCUCAGCAGCGGCCGCUGCACAGCACCGUCGCAAUGAGCAACCGGAGCUGGUGGAUGAGCCAAGUGGCGUCAUGUUUCGACGGCAGGAACCGGACGCGCUGCGCACCACGUAUCACAUAGCAUGGGCAGUGUUUCAGAAUUUGACGACACGCAAACGCUAUCGCCAUGACACUAUUGAGCCGCAAUUCUUUUGCGGCGAGAAUUGCCGCGUCUCUGCCUGCCAGCUUGCGCGCAAAAUCCUUGCCAAUGAACUCUCACCGCCACUGACGAAGCACUUGCUGCGCUGCUUUCAGCCCCUGUCAUUUACGCGGGAGGAGUUGCGCUCUACCCUGCCAUCACUGAUGUUUUUUAACCGCAAGCUGGCGCCCAGUCCUGCGGAAUUGCAGGAGCUAAAGAAUCAGCAUUAUGUCUACAAGACCUACUGGACCUUUGUGCUAUCCAUUUAUGCAAACUUCUUUGUCAAGUUCUCUUCGACCGCUACAGAUUUUAGGCACUUGGAGCUGGUUAAGGGUGAUUUACGCUUGCGCAUAAAUAGUGUUGUCGGGAAUAAGGAUGAUGGACGUUUCGAGCAGUUUUUGGCGCAAGUUAUCGGGUACUCACCAUUCAAGAUUACCGAUGACUUUACUGUGGGCGACGCAAACAUGGAGAAAAUGCAAUUCGGAGUUGACCAUUUGAUGAUGCUACACGAUUCCCAAAUGAUCAAACGCACGAAGCCGGACAGCACCACACAAUCAAUAACUGCCAAGUCGAAGACGAACGAAAUGUCGCAGGCGGGCACCGUCGGCGGCGACACGAACAAUUCGAAAAAGUGCAAGGAAAAGAUGCGCAAAUGUUGUGCGGACUAUGCGGACAUCGGCGAGCCGUGUAAAGAGAAUCAUUCGAAGAAGCGCGUCAAAAAAGAAUGUAAUCAUGCCCGCUUCAACGAGACACGCGACCGCCUACGCAAGAAGCUCACGCAAAUUGUAAAUGAUCGUAAAAGCAAGAGCACCCCAGAGGCGACGACGCCCAAGGCACAGCCCGAUCCCGCCCCAGCUCCGACACCAACGGGACGCCCAGUGAAAACGGAAAAUGUACCAGCGCAGAGCGUCAGCGGCACAAAUAACAACAAUAAUAAUAGCAAACAGCCGCCUACCCUUAAGGUGUUCGCCACGGCACAAUUGCAAGCGGCUGCCUCCCGCAAGAUGCCUGCAGCAGCAGUGGCGGCGGCCGCUGCAGCGGCAGCAGCGCUUAAUGAAAUCGGCGAGAAUAUCGACGAUGGCGACAACAGUUUGCUAUGCCUGGACAGUCUCUGCAAGAGCAUCCAAAUGCACACGGAUGCAAAUGCAGCGGCUGCAGCUGCGGCCGUAGCUGCGGUCAAAGGCGGUAACUUGCCCGCCGAGUUAGGCUCUGGCAAUUACAGUAAGGAGGACAUGAUGAAUGACUUUGCCGAGUUUCUGGGCAGUUACACCCGCGAACAGGAUCAGCAGCGUUGGAUUAAUGAGACGUUGAACUUUAUUGAGGGCAAGCCGCACCAGCCGCAGCCCACAAAUCCAAAGAAAGCGGCGAAGAAAGCCAAGCAACGCCAACGGAAGGAGGAGGAAAAACGCAUCAAAGAGCUGGAGGACUUGCGAAGUCAAUUCCUAGACAUUUACUUCAAAGAGUUCAUCGAUAAGUACGAGAUGAAAGCGCUGACAGCUGCAGGCGGCAGAAAGCGUGAGAAGAAGCGCAUUAGCGAGCUUGAGACGAACAUUAAGAAUUUGCAGCGUGCCAAGGCCAAAGUUGAGGCAUUCAUACUCGAACUGAUCGCAACAGUGAAACAGACAAACAGUGAAUUUAAGUUUUCAUACUUGCCCACCAAGGAGCAGCAGCUGCAGAAGAUUGCGGAGCUCGAGGAGAUGUUGAAUGGCGGCAGUGGUGCUUUAAAUGCAGCGCCAUCGGUAGUACCGCCAGAGGCAGCGUCUGCUCCGUCUGCUGCCGAAUCAACUUCACCGCCAGCCGUGGCUACAGUUUUGUCGCUCCAAUAUCCAGACUUCACCAGUCCAACGGCAUACUUUCCACCCACCGGAUCGCAGCACACGCCCGUGUGCUAUGCGCCACCACAGCAACAGCAGCUGCCACGCGAUGUGAUUGCCGCGAUGGCGGCCAAUGCCAUAACUGCCGAUCCGUCGAAACGCAUCGUCACCAUACGACGCGUCCAGCUUCCGCAUGCAGGUGGUGAGCAACAAGUGACUGUUGUGGCCAAAGGCAGCUCGCCCGAUGAGGAUAAACUACUAUAUACGUUUGUCAAUGGUCACAUGGUGGCCUCCGGGCAAAAUCCACCUGCAUCUAGCAACGAGAGCGCGCAAGCCACGUUGCAAUCGGCACCGCCAGAGAAAAGUGCAAAGGCCAAAAAGAAGGAGGCGAAACGUGCGGCUGCGGCUGCAGCUGCAGCUGCCGCUGCUGCAGCGGAAGCAGAAGCUGCUGAGCUAGUAGCCAAGGCCAAGAGCUCCAAGAGCAAAAAGCAGAAGAAGGCUGGAACAGUACAAGUAGCACCAGUUGCCAGUGCAUCCACAUCGGGCAACACCUCCAAGUCACAAACGCCGCAGAGCAGCGCUGUUAACACACGUGAGAAUUCCGUGUGCAGCGUUAAGCCGAAGCAGCCGCCGCCACCACCGUCCAAGAAGGCGGCGUCCAAACAGCAGCAGCAGCAAGCCAGCAAAGCCGUCUCGAAACAAACUGCCGAUGUUCAACUGCCAAAAAAAGCGACUGCUCCGGAACCAGCACCCGCAGUUGCUCCAAAGCUUGAACCGCCGACCGCUCAAGCACCACCUAAGAGGCAAAAGCGACCCAAGAACACGGUGGACCAGGGUCUGUUCGACAACAAUCCCUUUAAGUCACUGCACAUGCAGGACUCGUCGGAGGGCGAGUGGGAAACGGGCAGCGAGUCUGGGGAGAGUGCUGAAGUAACCGUUAUCGCCACUCCAGCGCCCAAACCACAAGCCAAGAUUCCUGUACUAAAGCCGCCAAUAGAGAAGCAACUGCUCCCUAAGCAAACGCCCCCUAAGCAAGCGCCAAAGCAGAAGGCAGGCAAACUAGAAUCUACGUCAGCGGCUGUGCCAGCGCCGGUGGUCACAAGAAAAACCAAAAACGAAGCACAUCAGAAGCAGCAACAGUCUGCACCGCCGCCACAACCCCCACAAAAAACAGCUCCGUCGACAACGAUAAGCACUAGAAGGGCCUCUGCAAAUACCAAGUCUGCAACUUAUGUGAGCAGUUCAUAUCAGCAACAGCAGCAGCAGCAGCAGCAGCAACAACAACAGCAGCAGACAACACAUGCCAAGAGUCAAUCGCAUCGUGGUAACGACGCCAGCGGUUCGGGAUCGGGACGCAAGCAGAAGGCGGCGCAAGGAGCAGGCGGUAGCAACAGAUUGGGAGCACCGUCACAUUUGCAGUCCCAUCAUGGAGCGCCUGCCCAGCAACAGUCGCGUGGCAAUCGGAGCGCAAGCAAUAACACCAGUGGCCGUAUGAAAUCCUCUGGAGCACAGCAACAGGCCAAUGCUGCAGGCUCCUAUUGCUCCGAUUCUGGAGCAGCACCUUCCAAGCGCUCACAGCGAGGAAAGCGCAGCCACCGACAGAAAAUGGAGGAUCUGUCUGGCAUACCCAACAACAUGGGUUAUUUUAAUCCCAACGAAGUUGCCAUACCUCCACCGCUGCCAUCAAACGCUCCUCACGCGUCCAGCUAUGCGAGCACCUUGGCACAAAAAAUGCAGGAUCUACGCAUAGGCAACCCCACUGCCAGCGAUGGAAAGCAGCAGCAUCUAUCGCCGAACUGCAGCAUCAUGGAUCAGCUGAACCGCGGCGUCCAGGUGGAGCAUUUGUCGCUGCCCCCAGGCAUCACACUCACCAAGGUGGAUCCCAUCAAGAGCGAACAAUUGCGUCAAAAGAGCGAGUCCAUUCGCAAGCUCUCCAAGCCCUUGGCGGAGAGCCAGCAGUCCACUCUGCUGCACCAGCAGCAGCAAUUCCAGAUGCCACAGCAGUCACAUCUAAUGGCCGGCUAUUAUGGCGGAUUGGGGGCCUACAAUACCGCUGGCAUGGAUGGCAGUGGUGUCAUCAUGGUGGAGGCCAAUCCAACAACUAAUCUCAACAGUGCUGUGCCCAAUGUGGCAGCGGCUGCAGCGGCGGCCACGGCUAGUGGCAAAUCCUCACGCCGGCGACGUCGUAACCGCGGAAAAUCUAGCGGAAGUGGAGGGUCUGCUCAAGCAACAACUUUAAAGCACCGUGGUGGCGGUGGUGGCGGUGGUGGCGGUGGUGGCGGAGGUGGUGAUAUCCAGCAUACGUCGGCCAUCAAUGAGAGUGGCGCAGGCGGAGGCACUAACAUCAUUACGCUUCGCAAUCCCAUGUUCCAUCAGGCUAUGGGCUCCGGUAGCAAUGGACCAGUAGGUGGGGCUGCUGUAGGCAACAUGAUGCCUCCAAACAACAUAAUCCCAGGACGCUCCUAUGGCGGGGGCCUUCCCAUUGCCGCACCCUUGCCCAUGGACCAACCGGCCGCAAUUAUUAAAAAUGAGAACGGCAUGUUCACCAUACGCAAUCCGGCGUUGCAUCAAGCCGUCACAAAUGGCUUGGCCAUGGGCGGAUACCGCCAGUUUGGUGGCAAUGUCAACUAUUACACACCGCAGGAGGCAGUGGCUGAGGCCGCACGAGCGACACAGCAGAAACAAACUACUCUGCCCACCCACGGCAGCACCACAGCCUCCGGUGAAGCACCACCCACCAAUUUCUCAUACUUUUCCAGUGGCUCGGCUAGCGGCAAUGGCAGCAGCAACGGCGGUGUCGGUGCUGUUGCUGGCAGCAGUGUUGGUGUCAAUAGCAGCACGCACAACAAUAUCAGUAUUAGCUGUACAAACGUUCCCCACACUAGCAACACAACCAACACCAAUGCGGCCAACAUGGUUGGUGCUGGUGGCGGCGCCGGCAGACUGAUUGGCGAUGCGGCGGUCAUUGCGCGCCCGAAGCAGGCACAGAAAUGCCUCUCCGCGAUUGGAAGCGAGCUUAAGCAGAAGACCAAAGAAAGCAACCACACAUCAUGGUCAAGCUUUGGACAGCCAUCGGACUUUGGUGCUGGCACAUCGACGGCUCCCUCAACGCUGCAGGAGCAAUAUCAGCAGUCCAGCUAUUACAACGGCUUCGAAGUGUUUCCAUCGUCGAAUACGCAGGCGCCCAGCGCUACUGGACCUGCGGGCGAAUGUCACAUGCAUCACAGCUGUGGCGACGACUCGCCGCCGCCGACUAUUACGGGCUUCAAUUCCUACCUGGAGGGCAUACCCAACACGGGCGUCAUACGCUAUGAUGACGCCGCGUUUCUCAAGAAUUUAAUUCCGGGCCAGCAUCUCAACAACGAGGUCUCCAUUCACAAUAUAUCGGAGUCCAACUUUACGCGCAACAACACUUCGCCAGCGCCGCACCAUGUGGAAAUAACCACAGUGUUCGGAAACCGUACGCGAUCCACAAAUGCCUACGAUCAGCAACAGACACAGCCGCCCCCACAGGGGAUUGUAAAUUCCGGUGCUAAUUACUGUGACAAUGUGGCAGCGGACUACGGCAGUGAUACCAGCCACGCCCACCUGUUUGCACAGGGCAACUUGAUGCCCACCCGCCUCCCGCAACCAUCGCCAGGAACAUCCGAUCCCUUUGGCAGCUAUGACUUCGAAGCAGCUAGCGUAGGCGGCAGCACAUCCAAGCCAGCCAGCGUGGCAAGCGAUCUGAACGAAUUCCUACGCCGCAGUCCGCACAGUCAGCGCACAUCCCCGUACAGUUUCGAUGAAAACGCCGCGCUGGAGACGUUCGUCCAGAACAUGAGUGCCCUGCAGAUCGCCAGUGCUGCGAGCGAUGCUGAGCAAUGCUCGCGCUUGAAUGGAGCGGGGGUCGGUGUGGGUGUUUCCUCGGACGCAGCCGAUGUGGCAGCGGCUGCUGCUGCGGCCAGCGGGGUGGGUGCGGCUGCCUGGUGGUAAACGCAAUUCCCGCAGUCAUGACAAGACAACAAAAGCAUCCUUCAUAAACAUCCAUACAAGAAAAACACGCCCACAUAACGCAUACAUUUCAUUGAUAAGGCAAACAAAAAAUACAAGAAAUCAUUCAAAAUGACUUAGAUGUCAAUUUCAAUGUUUAAAAAAAAAAUGCAAAAAACAAGUGGAAAAUAAAGAAACUUUAAA